GGAGGAGUCUAGGGACGAGGAGGCUUCGACGGAGAUGGCUCCGAAGAAGUUGCGGAUUCGUGGGGAAGCGCAGGUUCCCGAUGAGAGUAAGGAACCUGCUACGGAGGAUGAGAAGUGGCUCCUUGUCCCAGGAAAGAUAGAGAAUUUCACAUACACGGGGAAGAAUGUCCGCGUGCCAGGGAGUCUGAUUGGAGCUGCUAUUAGGAAGUACUGGCCGGGGAUGUACACUCCGGUCCUUGGGGGCGAGUCCAAGCUAGCCUACACUUGGGAAGACUAUGAGAUAGCGCCUUACCCUGGCUUUACUUCCGCCGCCGACGCCGUGAUCAAGAAGUUUUGGGUACGUAAUGCAUACUCUUUGGGUUUCGUUCAUAUGUAGUUGAUAACCCCACCGUGAUAACUCAUGCCUCUCACACUUUCUGUUAUGCUUGAUUGCAGCGCAAUUAUAGGGUGGCGACUGAGCAUAAGGAUAGGGCGGACGUGGU